UGAUUUAGAUUCAUGUCGUAGUGAAAGACGUUGGCCUUUAUGCUCCGCCGGAAUAUUACGGUGGUGGCCCUUUCCCCAAAACACGCAACCUGCCUGCACAUCGAGGCUCAACAUUCGCGGAGUAACAGUGCUUGAUCUUCAAGCCACCACUGGCCGAAGAAGUUUACCGUUACGCAGUAUACUAAACAUGCUUCCAACAUGGCAUAUCAGACCUACCAGAAGCCGCUGCUCAUUGCGGUGGCCGGCGUCGCGGUCGUCUCUGUAGCCCUGUAUGCAUACACACAGUAUUCCGACCAGCGAGCCUCAGAACCUAGCAGCCAGCCUUCCUUGCAUCGCAGCAAUGCUGUCCGCCGUCCUAGACACAGGCGUCACUGGCGGCGUGGCUUUGAGCACACUACCAUCGACUACAAUCCCACGGAACGAGCCUUGAACAAUCUGGAAGAGCGAAACAGACUGGGACGUGGUUAUGGCACAUAUGAAAAUCCUUGGGUCUUUCCAACAUCACAGGACUUGGAGGGGGUAGACAUGAGGCUGAUACCAUGUAAUCUGGACUCGAUAUACGACUAUAUCGUGCACCACCCGCCAGGAUCCAUGUCAAUCAGUGACGGGGACAGUCUUCGAAUGCACAUUAAUGGUAUUUUCUUGCAAAACUUCUUGCUAGAAGAAUUUCCGGAGGGCUACAUCAUUGGCGAUGACACACCUAUCAUUGCACAUGGCCUUGAGGCAAUGGGUAUCGAUAGCGGACUUUGCUAUGAUUUCAUUGAGUUGUUCGACGCGGGCAAGUCUCAUGCUCUCAGUGUACACUGGAAUCCCUCAGACCCGUUACGACCAUCUGGGGAUGAUCCGUAUGCCGUGCAAACGGAUGGUGCAAUAGAUGAUGGCAUGUCUCCACAAGAUGCGAUCCGGGCGUUAGACCCUACCGCAGACGAAGACGGAGACUCCGAGAUAUCCUACAGCAACAACCAAGACGAUCCAGAGGGCAGUCAGAACAUGCUUGAUCUGCUCUACCACAUAGGCCGAUCACAAGCACGCAGGGACGGCUACAUCCACCGAGGCGUGGAAUGCAAUAGCUGUGGUGUUCAUCCCAUCCAGGGCAUCCGCUAUCACUGUUCAAACUGCUUCGACUUCGACUUAUGUGAAAGCUGCGAGGCUAUCCACCCACAUGUCAAAAGCCAUGUUUUCUUCAAGAUCCGUGUUCCCGCGCCGUCACGAGGAAACCUCAAGCAGGUCAUGCCGGUGUGGUAUCCCGGUGACCCCAAUGCCUGCCCGCUUUCUCUCGACAGGCAAGUGGCCCACCCCUUGUUGGAGCAGACAGGCAUGGAUCGCACAGAGCUGGAGUCCCUCUACGAGCAGUUCAAAUGUCUUGCUGGACAUGCUUGGCCUGAUCCAAGCGGUAUAAACAUGGCCAUUGAUCGAAAAGGCUUUGACGCAUAUUUCAACCCGUCGAAUGCGAACAAAGCCUCGGCCGCAAAUCUGAUCUACGAUCGGAUAUUCGCGUACUAUGACCAGGAUCAGGAUGGGCUGAUCAGCUUCAAAGAGUACAUACUAGGUCUUUCCGGGCUACAGGACAAGUCACGAUAUGCCAGGCUAAGACGCAUCUUUGAAGGUUACGAUUUGGACGCGGAUGGUUACGUGGAUCGUAGGGACUUUCUGCGAAUGUUCCGCGCAUACUACGCCCUUAGUAAGGAACUGACUCACGAGAUGUUCCAUGCACAGGAAGACUUCGGUCCGUUCGAGGAAGAGGUCAGGGAGGUUGUACGAGGAAGUCAACCUAUCAGUGCCGCUUUUGGCGGCAGCACUCUCUAUGGUCACGAAUCCAGAACCGGUCAGGACAAACACCCAGGAGUCAACGGCGACCUUGAAUUGUUGAGUGGAUCCAAUGGUGUAUUGCAGCCGGACAGUGAUACGCGGGGAGAUCGUACUCGAGCUAUCGGGAACGCUGCGCUGGGUGAUCGAAGCAGAAACCAUCCCUUUCGGUCAUUCAGGAAUGAGGAGGCAGGGGAUGAGCCGGUCAUGCACAUUCCCUCAAGAAGCAGUUUCUCUCACUCCGGGCUGGAGGAUCCUGACGAGGUGCCUGAAGAGGAACUCAACGGACAAGAUGCACCUUUACAAACCUAUGGCUGGCCGCCUAUCCGCACACCAGAGCCGCAAGAUAUCACCGAUGCGCUAGGACAUGAGUUACCACUUGAGGAUAUCACCGAUCCAGUGGAUAGGUCCAGAGUGAUCUAUGCACAGGCACAACGUCUCGAUGCUGAAGGAGACCGCUUGGAAGAGAUAACCAGAACAAAGGCUGUGGAAGACCGCUGGCGCCGUAGGCAGUUCUACCUGGACGAGGAGGAAGGCAUGACCCGACCGCCUGGGUAUACUGAGCCAGACAGUUCCGACGAAGAGGACGAUUCAUUCUCUGACAAGAAGCACGCUCGCAAUGCUGUUUCGAGCCCUCGAAGGCAGUCCAUGCAAUCACGCUCUUCAUCCAGAGUUCGCUUUGACGACAGUGCGAUCGAUACCGAUUAUGAGACGCGCUCGAACGCCUCGUCUCGAAGUAUACCCCUCAAUGAGAGAUGGGGUGGAUAUGAGCUCAGCCAGGCCGAACCAGAUAUUGGCAAGGACAUUUUGUAUCAAGCCGUCCAGCAGGGGUUCAACGAACUUCUCGAUCCCCUCUUCAAGGACAAAGAGGAUGAGUGGCUCGAGGUUUGCAAGACACGACAUGAUCGCCGCAAAUUUAGGAAAGAAAUGCGGAAGUUCAAAGAAGCGCUUGACGCAGCGAAUCAAGAGCAGAGUGCCCCAUCAACGAAGGCCAACAGACUCACAGUGGAGACAUUACUUCAAAAGUCAAUCCAGCCGAACGCACUGAAAAGGCCGGGUCCGGAACAGGGCGAGGUCGGCACGGAAGUCUCCGUUGAGUCCUCACCUGAGCCUGAAGAUCACAUAGGAUUGAUGUUCAGGAGCGUCUCGGGUCCAGGUAUACCUAGAAAUGCAGUCGACCAAGGUUCUGCAUCCAAGCCACGUGGUUAUGAUCCUACCCUUCCGCAGUUUCGACCGGACCACGACAGUGAAUCUGUAAGAUCUCAGCCUGAGUCAAGAGAAAACCCUUUCUCGGGUGAUCCAGCCAAGGCCCGAGCAUUGUACGAUUUCUGGGCAUCUCAUGAUGAUAUUGAGAAAGAGGCUGUCAAAGGGGGCGGCGGUGGGAAACUCAGCUUUGCGGAGUUCAGACGGAAAAUGGUGCAUGAUGAUGAAGUGACCGAGGCCCUAGGUCAGCCAGACACAGGCAGGGCGGCAACAGACAACGAGACCUGGGAAAGCAGCCACGAUCUGGGGAGACUGGCGUUUGUGGGCACUUGGUUGGAGAUGGCCAGUUUCUAGAAGAAACCUUGCUCUCUUUUCGAGAAUGGCGAAAGCAUCAGUGGAGUGGAGAGGAA